GUGCGCGCGCGCAACUAUUCGUUCAGUAUUACUCCGGUACUCGUUGUGAACUAAUCAAUUAUUAGUAUAGUGACAAUUUUAUUUAUUUACUUAGUUUUAAUAGUGCAUUUUUAGUUAAGAAAAUGUUCCGCUAUCUAGUCCUAUUCUUGGCGUGCCUACGGCUGGAGGUGUCCAGCUAUUCGGUCGCCAACGAGGUUAUCAGCGAGCCAGAGCUGAUAUUAGCUUUCGUCGUCAACCGUCACGGCGACAGGACGCCUGAUGCCGACGAGCUCUCAUUGUCAAAGAUCGCAGACUAUCUCAAGAACAUCACCUAUAUAGAGGGGCUGGAAGGAUUAACAAAUGUCGGCAAACGGCGGGCCUACCAGCUCGGCAAAUUCCUUCGCCAACGCUACGGCUCCCAGGGCCUCAACAUCCUCUCCGACUUGUACUUGAAGGACGAACUGUCCGUCCGCUGCACGGACAAGGAGCGCACGAAGAUGACGGCCCUGGUGGCGAUGGCGGCGACCUAUCCGCCGGAGCUGGAGCAACAGUGGGACGAAGGCAUUGGUAAAGUGUGGCAGCCCGUGCCUUACACCACUGUUCCACUCGACCAGGACUAUUUACGCUUCUACUCCACCUGCCCGCACUUCACGUCACUCUUGGCAGACGCCAAGAUGGCGGCCGUCAACGAAGAAUUCGCGCCAUUCUCCGACCUGAUCCCACUUCUGGUGAAGGAGACCGGACACAACUUCACAGAGAACCCGGUUCUGUUCCAGACAUUAGUGGAUUUGUUCAAAAGCCAGAUAAGCCUGGGUGUGGACAUCCCAGAGUGGUCCAAACCUAUCCUGCCCCGCCUGACGGAAGCCUCUCUCUUGGCCUACAGACUCUUUUUUAAAACUAAGGAUCUGAAGAUGAUUGGAGGAGGCGUCCUCCUCCACAAAUUCCUUGAAACCGCCAAAGCCGCAACCACUGGCAAAGCCUUCAAGAAGCUGAGCCUAGUCUCAGCCCACGACUACAACAUGGGCGGGCUGAUGGCCGUGUCGAGGGUCGCGGGCGACGAGCGUAUUAUGCCGGCCUACGCGUCGCUGUUCGCGCUGGAGCUGUACAGGUCCAGGGGCGGCGUGUACAGUGUCCUGCCGGUGUACCUAGAGCAAGCAGGACAGGGCGCAGCAACGCACCUGCGUUUCCACAGCUGUCCGGACCCUUACUGUGAACUGGAGAAAUUCAAGGACUUGACCCAGGAAUACGUGUUGCCUGAGAAAGAGUAUCAUAGGAUGUGUAGCUUAAAAACUGAGUUAUAGUCGCCAUUUUGAUAAAAGAGCUUAUAAAAUGGUGUUCAAGUUGUUCAACCAAAUUAAGAGUCACACAAUCCCGCUGCCAAAAAGCCGCCUCCAUACAAUUGAAGUUACACUCUCAUUUUAAAUAUGCUUAAAUUUGACGGCGGCUAAGGCUCAUGUGACUCUCAAAAGACUAAAAAUGUGCCUUUAGACUUUGUAAAAGAUUAAUGUGGAGAAAACCCGACUAAAGGCAAAAACGGUUCUUGUAGUAAUAUGCAACAUUUCUACCGAUCAUGUACCCUACAUUCCUCAUUGACUCAUAUUAGGUACAUAAUCAGUACACAAACCAUGCAUACGCAUAUGAACGGUUUUAACUAAAAAACGGACUUUUCCACGUUACCUUUGGGUACAUACAGGUACAUAUGACGGAUAUCAUUAAACCGCUAUGUGAUAUAUUCUUUACAAAUACGUACAACCGCCAUCAGAUAUAUCGGGGCGGUUAAGGUGCUCAAAAAUAUCUGAACACGAACACGAUAUUUGUGAGCACCUUGGCCGCUCCGAUACGUCGAUCCGGCCGAUCGAUAUGUGAUAUAUCUGAUGGCGACUGUACACGUACGCACUUCACACUCAACUAAUAAUCUUAGGUAGAACUAUUUAUAUCCUAGCAUAAAGUUGCUUUUUAAUUCUUUUAAUAUAAUAUUGUACUCAAUUGAAAACACAAAUAAAAUACACAUACAGUUGGUCUGUUGAAUACCAUUUUAGAAAGCUUAGAGAAUUACUAAUCUGAGCUUAAGGAUAAAUAUGUGAUUUAGUUAAGGAUUUUUUACAAUAUAACUAGAUGGACAGGCAGGAACAUCCAUAUUUAACGUCGUUGGUGGAAAGUGCCACGUACAAACAAGGACUAUUAAAAAGAAAAUACAUUAAUAAUUAAUAUUGUAAUAUACCAUAGCUACAGGUUAAUUCAUAUAUAUACCUAUAUCGGCACCAGAUAGUAAGAUCAGGCAGAUUGUGAAAUUCCUAAAUUGUCUCGGUCCCUGAAUCGACGGAGCCCCGCGUAUUUCUGGACAGUUUGCCCUUCGGGAAUCUGAAGUAACCUAACGAACCUAACCUAUUGGUUUAAUGUGACUACCCUCGAAACAUUAUACAUACAGGAACAUUACGAUGUGCCUGAUCUUACGAUCGGCCGCCGACAUACAUAAAAGAAAUGCCGGUAUUCAAUCCCUAGACAAAAUAAAAUGCUAAUUCUGCGAAGCGACAAACCUAAGGGAUCCUGGCUAUAUGUAGGCUUAUUUUACAAAUAAAAAGACAACUUCAUCUUAUAGAUGAAGCCAUAUAAAUUGUAAUAAGUUUAAAGGCCCAUUUACACGGCGGGAGAACUUGCGUGCAAUAUUCGAUACAUUGCUAAAGCUAACUACAAAGUACAAUGAAUUCAGUCGAUCGACCAAAAUAAGUACCGCAUUGUAUUGAAAAUCGCAUGCAAGUUCUUGAUCCGUCUAAAUCGGACCUCACUGUUAAGUAAAAUAAAAAAGGAGAUCCAAAAUAUGUGUGUUACUUUGCGCGUCAGUAGUCUCGCGCUCCCUAACCUAACCUAACGCACCUGCCUCGGAACUUGACUUCUCGCGUCGAAUGAUGGUGACAGUCUUUAGGUAUAUAGUGUUUGAUUUAAUUAGUUAUAUAAUUUUUAAUGACAAUGAAAAUUCCAACAAUUUGGCUUUCUAAACAAUUUCAACUACCUACAUUAAUAUUAGAAUUCUAAAUAAAGACAAAUAGUGAUGUAAUUGAUGCUUAAUUAUAUAAAAUAAUAACGAUAUUGAUACAAAUAUGUUUAAUUAAUUAUAAAUACAUCACUUUAUCUGUGAUAUUAAGUUAGUGACGUCGGUAAUAAAUUAGUAAGAGAUAUUUUUGAUUACAUUUUAAAACUAACGUAUAGUUUGCCCAACCAUUUCCGUUUUCAGAAAAUAGCGCGAAAUUCAACUAUUCUGUAGGUGAAAGGUAAACGAACUUCCAUGGCUAUAUUUUUUUAAAUUUACCGCCGUUUUUAAUUACAGUAAUGGUUGGCCAAACUAUAACUAGACCUAAAGUUAGAUGGUUAUCGUUCCUAUACUAAAAAAUAACCGUUUUUAUAAAUUCUCUAGAAUCUGGUCAAUAAAACGUUUGAGUGAAAAUGUAAACCGAUAGUUACAAAGGAAUAAAAAAUUCAAAUAAAA